UGGAACGUGUAGUGUGGCGACGAUAAUUGAUAAGCUGUUUUUAUUUACGGUUAAUUGAACAGAUUAUCGGCGGACAGCAACUUGUGCAGGCAUGAUAUUGUAACAGUGUUGUGGUUACCUACUACUAAAAUAAUCAAUUCAAGACAUAGCUGUAAACAAUUAGGCGCACAGCACAGUGAAAGAUGGGUGUUGUAGAACGUUUAAAGUUAGGUGUGACAUUAUUAGGGUUUUUGACGUUGGCGUAUACGUAUAUAGCUGCAGGAUUUAUUAUCUGUGCUUUGAUGUUAUGUUCCUGUGUUAUUUGGCCGAUCAAUAAAACUAUAUAUAGAAUUAUUAACGUACAUCUAGGAUACUGUUUUUGGUCAUUUUAUACAUUUUUGGGAGAUUGGUGGUCGAAUUCAACAUGUUUAUUAUACAUGUCCGAAGAGGAUCACAAAUUAAUGGGAAAAGAAAAUGUAUUAUGUAUGCAGAAUCAUCGUUACGAAAUAGAUUGGUUAAUGACGGGAAUGGUAGCUGAUCAUUUUAAUAUGCUGGGGAACCAUAAAGUUUACUCGAAGAAUUCCCACAAGUAUGUACCAUUAGUUGGUUGGACGUGGUAUUUUACGGAAAGUCUUUUCUUAAAGAGAAAUUGGCAGGAAGAUAAAACUAUCUUAAAAACUGGAUUAAAAAAUCUCACUUGUUAUCCUAAAGAUUAUCCAGUUACUUUAUACAUGUAUCCUGAAGGAACACGAUUUACAGAAGAAAAACAUAAAGCUAGUUUAGAAGUGUCAAGGUCAAAAGGUUAUCCUGAUAUGAAACACCAUCUAUUACCACGACCAAAAGGUUUAAUGGCAUUUGUUCGAGACAUGAGAGGAAAAUUUGACUCAGUACUUGAUUCUGAGAUCUUGUUUGCUGAACAUCCCAAGCCGUCAGUUUGGACCAUAGCUCAACGUAUACCUGUUACAGCUCAUAUCUAUAUGAAACGUUAUAAAAUAGAAGAUAUACCAGUAGAAACAGAUCAAGAAUGUGCUGAAUGGUUGAGAGAUCUCUAUCUUAAAAAGGAUAAGAUGUUUGAUGAGUUUAUUAAUAAUGGGAAGCUACAAGGAGUUCCGUACAAAAUACCCAAAAGUUAUAAAAAUAUAAUGAACGCCUUCUUCUGGAUGUUGGUCACGUGUCUUCCAUUGUUCAAUUUAAUCGCAGGAAUCAUAAUCUCAGGAACUUUUUUCUCUAGAAUAAUUCUAGUCCUGGCUUUUAUUACAGUUAUCAUUUUGUUUCGAUUGAUUAUGUCCGUCACAGAAAUUGACUCAGGAUCCAAAUAUGGUCAUAAAACAUCAACCAAUGGAAAAACAGAAUAGACCAUUUGUAAUGUCUACCUAUAUAUAAUAACCAAUCAUUUACAAGCUUACUAGUUAUAACCGUACUGUUGAGUGACCUGGGAUAAACACAGUUUCAAUUUUCAAUAUGAUGUGUAGAAUAUGCUAUUUCGAUAUCGGUAAUAACUUUUCGUUAAUAACUCUCGAUGCCAUCUGAUGCUAGAGAUUUUCAGUGGAUUUAAACAUGAUUUGCAUUUAAUAAUUUAGUUAAUAAAUGGAUAAUCAAGACUUUGUUUGCUAUCGUAACAACGGUAGCAAUGACAAACCGAGACCUCGCUAUAUUCGGCAUACAACCCUAACGUCACUCAGAAUGAAGUAAUCUUACUGAAAUUUUCAACAUGUUCCCUUUUCAUUAUCUAUUUUAUAACUAUUAUAGCGAGAACUGUCAGCUCUUUAUCUAUUUUAUAUAACUAUUAU